GGGAAAAUGAGAAAUCACACAGAUCGCCACUAUAAGUCACGCGCGUCGCUAAAGGCAGGACGUGGGGAGCACUGGAGAAGUUAAUAUAGCCAUGCCCCUUCCAUUUUCACGCUACCAAGCGACUAUUCCUCUCUCUCUCUCUCUCAAUCAAAUAAAAUCUGGAAAUCAAGAAGAUAUAUAGGGUGCGAGGACGUAGGGGGUCCGUUGUCUUCUUCCAUUAUCUAAAAACAAUCAAGAUUGAAGAAGAGGAAACCCUAGACAUGCGGUUUUCUGCCUGCUACUGACCUCACAAACCCAUCUUUAAAAUCUCACGCGAUUACCACAUGGGCAAGCGCAAGCGAACUCCUGACCGUUCCUUACCCUCCUCUUCAGGCGCUCCGUCUGAUGUGCCAUGCUCCUCUGGAAAAAAAUUGUUGCCAAAAGAGAUUGAUAUCAUGGAUAAUCCUGUGAAUCUAGAAGAGAUGCAACGUUCUCCUGCAGACCAUCAUUACAAUCUUAGUCGUUCAAUAUUUUUAAAACGUUCACGUCAUUACUUUGGCCAUCAAUAUUCCCGUCGGAAUUCAAUUAACCAUGCUAGUGUAUCAACUUCUCAUGGGAAGAGUACUCCUUUACGUGACGAUAAAUUCCUCUUCAAGUUAUCUGGUCGAUGUAAAUCAGAAUCUGGACACCGCGAUGAUACCAGGAAGAAGGCAUUUUACAGGCCAGAAAGAAUUAGAUCCAGUUCAUUAAUAACUGAAGCAAUGCCUGAUGUGGUGACGAUGGUAUGCGAGAUUUGUCAGAAGCUUUUGAAGAGAAAGGCUUUUAGUCUUGGAAACUUACCUCCAUCUCUUGAUGUUUCUGUUGUAGCAGUUCUAGUCUGUGGUCAUGUUUAUCAUGCAGAUUGUUUGGACCAAAGAACUUGUCAUGAAGAUAGACGUGAUCCACCCUGCCCACUGUGUAUGGGUUUGGUCUCAAAAGUCGAUAUCUCGUGUGGGGAAGAACCGUUGUACAUAUGCUAAAUUUUUACCCACGAACUUGUUAGGGUGAGAAUCUAGAGUCAAGAGAUUGAACAUGCUUAGAUAUAAAUAUAGGUCGCGCGUGAAUUUUAGGAAGACUGUAAAUUUGUGCAAUCUAGUUUACAUGUUAUACAAGCUGUUAAUAGAUGCUAAGUGCCAUUUACUUUUGGAAUUGUGCCUGAAUGUCAUUAAGCUGCAAGUAGAGGUGGCAUGGAUGCUAGUCAAGGUUGUUUUCCUUGGAAUCACUCAUUCUCAUCAUGCAAUCAAGGUAUUAUCUUUUCACUUUUUGUUUA